AUGAAUUCAUUCAACCAGAAUCAUCAAAGUAGCAGCUUCAGUAGGUCAAGAAAUCACUUAGAAGAUCAACUUUUAGGGUUUGCUUUGGUACCAAUUUCACAAGUUUUUGGUAGAGGAAAAGUGACAGAAGAUUAUAGUCUUUCUUCCACUGAUCUUUUUCAUUCUCCUGCUGGAACUGUUCAAUUAACACUUUCAUUAGAUACAUCUCUUGAAAUGAAUUCCAAUUUGAGCUCAAUACCACAACCGGCUACUAAAUCUUCAUCGAUAUCUUCUGAAGUUGUUUUGCUUGAUCCAAUUGAGUAUUCUAGAAUUGAAUUUCCUGAUAUCAAUGUGAUGAAUGAGAAUCACAAAAUGGUUUGUGAGUACUUUAAUUCGGAAUCUUACGAGCCUAAUUUAGUAGGAUCAUUGCCAUUUCUUCACCUUGGUGGUUCUCCUCAAGUUGUUGAUUGUGAAAUGACAAUGAAUUCGUCAGGCGAGAAUCACGAAUCCGUUAUUUCUCCGAAUGAGAGCAAUCACAAUUCUAGGUUUCCUAGCUCUACUACUACAAGCUUAAGCGAUGAUAGAAACUCGAAUGAUUCUGUUGAGAAAAAGAGUAAUUUGAGGAACGACUCGUCGAAUUCUUUCAACGUGUUAGUCUCGGUUGAAGAUAAUCAGAACUCUGUUGCUUGUCCAGAUACUCCAACUUCCAAGAAAGAAAGUGAAGGUGGAAAUGAAAACCAGGAGCUAAAAUUCUUAAGCAAGGAAAUGGAGACUAAUAAGGGUAUCAAUCUAGAUGCUGCAAAAUUCGGUCAAGUUUAUUCUGUUCCAUCUCGAAACAUCGAUAUGGAGGCUGAACAAUCAUCUAUGCAGCAACAAAUAGUUGAUAUGUAUAUGAAAAGUAUGCAACAAUUCACCGAGUCUUUAGCGAAAAUGAAACUACCAAUGGACCUUGAUCAUAAACCUAGUAAUGAAGAUCAAGGUGAUGUGUUUCAAAAUCACAACAACAGCAAAUUAGAAGCUGCUGACAAGAAGAAAAGCGACGGGUCGCGUGUGUUUUAUGGUAGUCGAGCGUUCUUCUAG